AUGAGUAAAGUCAAUCAAGAGUCAUUGGAGGGUUACAACCCUUUUUCUGAUCCUACCCCAAAAUAUGAAUCUUUAACACCUGAAACUAACGAAUCAUCUUCAGAUAAUCGAAAUAAAAAUUAUGUUUUCGAUAUUCCCCCACCACCAAUACCACCUACGGAAAUGUAUUCACCAUAUUCAAAAGCUACAGCUGGUGGUGGUAAUGAAAGCGUCUUAGCCUUGGAGCGUAGACAAGCUGAACUUGAAGCUCGUGCAGCCGAAUUAGAUCGUCGAGAAAAAGAACAACAAGCUCGUGUGAAUACAAUUCAUUCAGGUCCAAGUCCACAUAAUUGGCCACCAUUCCCUCCAUUCUGUUCAUGCAAACCAUGUGUUCGACAAGAUUUUGAAAAUGAUAUUCCAUUCGAUUGUCGAUGGAUGGCGAAAAUGGGUUAUGGUAUUUGGCUGGGCUAUGCUAUCUUGUUAAUAUUCAAUAUGUUUGGAGCACUAGGCUAUUUUAUUGUUGGUAACGGUGCAGCUGAAGGACCAUUGUUUGGUGCAUCAAUUUUAUUAGUGCUUGUUAUGCCACCUAUAAGCUUUUUCGGAUGGCAUCGACCUUUGUAUAAAGCAUUAAGUGUAGAGGAGAUUUUUAGAGAUCGCAGAACUUUUCGUAGUUCAAACUACUAACUGAUCUUAGUUAGACAGCCAAUCAAAGCUCUAUUCAGCUCAGCAAACAGAACUCCACUUAAAACUAUGUAUCAGUUCAUUGUCAAAUUUGAACUACUUUCUAGUAGAUUCAUUUAAAAUUGUAUUAACAGAUAUUAAACCUUAUCAGUUUAGAAAUUAGGAUUUAUACAUACAUGCAUAAUAUCAUAUGAUUGAAUCGCCAAUUAGAACACGACUUAUAUGACCUUGGCACUGUGCCAAACUAGUGACGCGUUAUUCAGUACUAGCAGCCUCGAGUCAACUUGGAGUCCUUAUUGGUCCUCUGUACAGUAGCUUCUCACCUUGCCCUAGCUGUUCAGUUCAGAAUACGAUAUCAACUUUCACUGUAUGAAUCACAUAAUUCAGACAUACGUAGUUUUAUAUAGAAACACAUCAGACCGCAUCAUAUCAUAAAAUAAAAAUUAAUAAUUACACAAGAUCAAGCCAAAGUGUUUGUGAGUAUGGGAUAGUGUAACUAAUAAACUGGGAAUAAACUAAGAAUGGUAAACCGUAUUGCAGUAGCCAAUAAGUCAAAUGAAAGCUCAUGGUUAAAGGAAUACGAAUAUAUA